AUGAACCUUUCAAAGCGAGUGUGUUUGCGUGUUCUAGCUGACGGUGCCGGAGAACUCAGCAAUGGAGGCGACGUGAAACUGAUUGCCUCUUCGUCCAAAAUGGCACUGUCAGAAGCUGCGUCUCUGUCCAUGUCAAAAAUAUCGUUAGGUUCGUUCUCGUUUGGAAGCCACUUGAUCUUGCUGAUCAAUGUUUCUCUGUCCGGGAACACAGACUGGUCUCCAUUGGCCAGUUUCUUCAGAUCCAACAUCGAACUGGAAUGUUUCUGUAAAUGGUCGGGUUUAGCUGUGAGUUGCGGAGACGUCUGGGAACCAGGCGUGCGGUCUUCAAACGAAACAGCAAGCCCCUUGCCGAAGGAGCUUCCGAUCCCACUUGUUGAAUGUCUGUGA